CAGUGUAGAAAUAAAAUGGCGAGAUUAUUUCUACGCUUGGUUCUCUGUGUGUUUGUAGUCUCAUUGAUUAGUUCAGAGCUUGUCAUUGAUGUCCAACCAAACGUCAUAUCUCCAGAGAUAACUGCACAACUUGUGGUCAACUGUUCUAUAACUAAUAAUCAAGUUCAAUAUCUUGAUGUUAUCAAAUCUCUAACUCUUUCUCGUUAUAAUGAAACUAUCAGAGAGUUUGAUGAACUCAUAGCUUUGGAUUCCUUGACACAAAAUCUAAAACAAUUUGUGAGAUUUAAAUAUUCACAAAUCAGUUUUGGAAACCUGUAUAUAACUUUAACUCUACCUAACCCAACUCAGUUUGAUGCCAGAAUAUAUAGAUGUAAUGCCACUGGAGCUAAUUCCGAAGGGACGAAUAUUUCUUUGUUUGCUAAGAUGGCAGUAGAAUAUGAAACAAACUCGACCGCUUUAAUUGAAGAGAUUCGACGUAUCAAGAAAGAUGAAAACAAAUGCUCUUUAAAGAAAGAUGAUCUCUCAGACAUCAAGCAAAGAUGGAGAGUUUAUUUUUCUGAAAGUUCCAAAAUCAUUAAAGAACGAAUUGAGCCUCUUACUUUAAAAUGUACCUUUCAGAUUUUGACACCGGAUGAAAAUGAAACUUCCAGACUACAAUCUUUGUAUAUACUCCAUGAGACAAAUGGUGUAGUUGCCAAUAUCAAUAAAGACCAAGCUGUUAUUACAACAAUUCAAGGAGGUAACUUUGAAAAUGCUCAAGGUGAAAUUUCUGGAAACCAAUCAAAAGAAUCCUACCUUCAAGUCACGUGGAGCAAUCUGAAACACUCAGACUCUGGAAAAUAUUUUUGUGAAGCUCAUGUUAAACAUUCCAAAGGAAAAGCUGAGAGGUUGAAUGAAAUGUUAACAAUAAAAGUUAUAAGUCCAACAAUUGAUGAUUUGAUGGAAGUAAUUCAAAAAUUAGUUACACAAGUUGAUGGAGACAAGGAAAGCCUGCAAGAUGUUAAACAAAAUAUAAAGAACAUUAAAGAAGACUUAAAUACUAAAGAACAAAAUAUUAUUAGCAUUAAAGAGGAUUUGAAUACUAAACAACAAAGUAUUAUAAGCAUUAAAGAAGAAUUCAAAACUAAACAAGAAAAUAUUCAAAAAGACGUGACUAUAAAUCAACAAAAUAUACAGAAAAUUAAAGAAGAAUUGGAUUCCAAAGAACAAAGCAUGAUAAGGAUUAGAGAAGACUUCAGCGCGUGUCAACAGAAUAUAAGCGCAUUUAAAGAAAAUCUCGAAAUAAUGUUUGUUAAUCUUUCAACUUCUUUCAUGCAAGUGAAGACACAAAUUAAUAAAGGAAACCAAGAAGACCAACAUUUAAUACCCCAGAAGAUUUGUCGGGACGUCAACAGUACCGACGAGCGUGUGGUGGUAACAUUAACUUCCGGGUUAAAGGUCAUGUGUGACACCAAGACAGACGGCGGUGGAUGGAUCAUCUUUCAGAGAAGAAUCAACGGAAAAGUAGAUUUCUAUAGAGGCUGGAAGGAGUAUCGUGACGGCUUUGGAGAUUAUGCAAUCGGCGAAUUUUAUUUGGGGAACGAAUAUAUUUCUAAGUUAACAUCCACAAGAAAUUUCGAUCUGAGAAUUGAUUUUAAGUAUAACCACAAGACCUAUUUUGUGGAAUACUCGGAUUUUAGGAUAUUAAAUGAAACGAACAAGUACCAAUUAAAGAUAGGAAAAUAUAAAGGAAAUGCUAGUGACGACUUCUCGUACCACAAUAAUAUGCAAUUUAGUACCUUUGAUAGAGACAACGACGUCGAUACAAGAAACUGUGCAUUACUAUUCACAGGUGCAUGGUGGUACAAAGCUUGCCAUUAUUCCAACCUUAACGGUCAAUGGGGAAGUAAGGAAUAUAGCAAGGGCGCUAACUGGGAAAGCAUAACUGGAUUUGGAGCUAGUGUCUCCUUUGUAGAGAUGAAAAUCAGAGAAAGAUAGUCAAAUAUCUCUUAAGAAUCUUAUAAUCAAUGUUUCAUAUAACGGCGGAGUAGAUCAAUGACUCAUACUUGGUCAAGGCUCAUUAGUAUAUAGAACAAACAAAUGCAUUUAAUUUUAUUUUCGUUUAUGUCUAUCUCUAAUAUAGCAGUUAGGUUUAUAUACACAUCCUUUCAAUAGCAAGUAAAUAUGUAUCCUAUGUAUAGUAAAACUUUUUUAUAUCAUUUAUAGCAUUAUAAAUAGCAAGUUUACAUUAUAUCAUGUAUAGCAAGUGUACAUUAUAUAAUUUAUAGCAAGUUUACAUUAUAUCAUGUACAGCAAGAUUAUUUUAUCUCAUGUAUAUCAAUUUCUAGUUUAUCUCAUGUAUGGCAAGUUUAGUUUAUCUCGUUUAAAGCUAGUUUAGCUUAACUCACGUAUACAUGUGUAUAGUUUGUAUCAUGUAUAGCAAGUUUAGUUUAAUCGCUCCACAAUAUGUAAUGAUUUUGAAGUAGUAACAUAGUAAUAUUUAUGAAUGAAAUCUAUUUUAUAUAUACAGAUAUAUCUGUUUUAAAUUCCAUUGGAAAUUAACUUUUGGUCGUGUCAACAUUGUGAUA